AUGUCUGUUCAGACCUGCGAUAGAAUUUGUUUGGCGCCCAAAAACCCUUUAAAAGGGAAGUUUGGGACCUCUAUUGGAGCACAUGAGAUUUUCAGCCCAGAGACAUGGAAAGCAGCUUUGACAGAACUAGUGGCAACAGCCUCUCUAAUGUUCACCUUGACUAGCUCCAUUAUUGCAUGCUUGGACUCACACGAAGUUGAUCCUAAGCUUAUUGUUCCCUUUGUAGUUUUCAUCAUAGCCUUCUUAUUCUUAAUUGUGACAGUUCCUCUAUCUGGUGGCCACAUGAGUCCUGUUUUCACAUGCAUAGCUGUUCUAAAAGGUGUUGUCACUCUUUCUCGUGCAGUCCUUUACGUCUUGGCACAAUGCAUUGGCUCAACAAUUGGCUUCUAUAUACUAAACUGUGUAAUGGAUCCAAAAUUAAUAAAUACAUAUUCAUUGGGAGGUUGUGCUAUUGGUGGCAAAGAACUCAAUUCUAGUAUUAAUCAGCAUGAUGCUUUGUUAUUGGAAUUCUCUUGUACAUUUUUGGUACUCUUUUUGGGUGUCACGUUAGGUUUUGACAAAAAGAUGUCAAAGAAUUUGGGGUUGACAAUGGUAUGCUUGGUGAUAGCUGGUGCCAUGGCAUUGGCAGUUUUUGUGUCGAUAACUAUAACGGGUCGGGCCGGUUAUGCUGGUGUUGGGCUAAACCCGGCAAGAUGCUUAGGCGCGGCGUUGAUUCAUGGAGGCUCGUUAUGGAAUGGUCAUUGGGUUUUUUGGGUUGGACCUAUCUUGGCAUGUUUAAUCUAUUAUAGUAUCUCUAUCAACCUACCAAAGGAGGGUUUGGUUUGGGUGGAUGGAGAAUAUGAUAUCUUAAAGUUGGCUCUUGGUUCUUGCGCAACUAUUCAUAAUGGUGAUGUUUCAGAUGAUAUCACAAUAGAAGGAAGUGGAGCUGGCUUUCAAGAAGGUCAUGUAUGA